AUGUUCACAAUAAUCCUCCUCUUGCUCUUAUUGGAUAUCGUUAGAACACAACUUUCGAAUACCAUACCGGGUGUCUGUUUCGCAGAACGACACCACCGCAACCACUCUUCCGUGUAUUUUGCUUUAUUGAAAACACGAGAUAACAAAGAAUUAGAAAAAAAAACAGAAGCUUCACAACAACAGAACAGAAUAUACAACAUUUCGAUUCUCUAUCAGGCGACAUGUCGACCAGAAGCAGCAGGAGAACAAAACCUUUUGUUGGCGAAAUCCACGCUCGAACCUUUUUCCGAAGACUCUGACGGAUUCGUUGAACGGGUUGGCAAAAGAACAGAGGCACCCGUUACUCCUGAAAUAAAUUUUCUGGGAAUACAUUCGGAUUUUGAUACUGACAAACACGUAAAAGAAUCUGAGAGCGAGAGUGAGCGAAAGCCAACUGAGGAAGAUUCGCAUAAUAUGAUAAUUGAACCACAACAGGAUGUUGUCGGAUCUGUUAAAACUGAGCCUAACGAUGAAGACGACAACAAGCCUGUAUCAGCUAGACUUCGACAAAGGGAUAGUCUCUACGGAAACGGUAGAAAACCACGAAAAAAGUCGAUAAUUGGUAAAAAAUAUAAGUCGACAUAUAAUCGAAAUCAAUCUAAAACACACUCCGCUACUGACGAGGAAAUAGACGAGGAAGACGAGUCUAAUGAAAAAACAACUCGCCUCUUAUUACAACCCGAAGAAGUAGCAGAAGCUGCCCCAUUUGUCGAAAACAUCGCGGAAGCAAAGGAAGAAUAUUCGACACAACAACUCGAAAUUACAUCGUCUCAUGAAAAUAUAGCAGAAGCAAAGGAAGAGGAGGAAGAGAAUCUUGUUCGGGAUCCUGACGAGACUACUGAAAUUGUUAAUGACAGUAAUGAAUUGCAAGACAAUUUGUUAGACGGGUCCGAUCUGUUUGUUAAGCAUGAUUUACGAUCUCAACAACACGUCCAUUUAACAUCCGGAAAAUCGAACAAAACAAAAGGCAAAUCUAGUUCUGCCUCUUCGAAAUCACCAUCAGUAAAUCGGCGUGUGAAAUCACGCUCAAGCAAACGAAAGGAAGACAAAACUUGGCACCCGGAAGGGACAGAUGACGAAUCAAAUUCUGGUAGCGAACACGACUCCUCAAAGAUAUCAUCACGAAAAUCAGUGAAUCGAUUGACACCGCCAAAUUUGCGCGUCAAAAAAUCUAGCACCUCCACAAGCAAAAGUCAAUCCAUUUCUCCGAAUAAUAGUCGUCGACAAACUCUUAAUGCAAAAACCCCAUCAAGCCCAACGACUCGUCUUUCUAGUGACACUCUAAAUGUUUCGAAAAAGACACCAACGACAACGACUAAUGCAGCAUCGCCUACAAAUCGUAGUAGUGUUAGUGCACAUAGUACUCCCAGACGUACUAUUUCUAGAACUUUACUGAGACGUCCUACCACUCAAAAGAGUAAUACUACACCUAGAACUACACGGAACUCGCAGAGUCCAAAUAAAACCCCAACUCGAAAUCGAACUAAAAAUAAAAGUGCUAAUGAUGAAGAUGAAGAUGCGCCGAAAUCUCCUGAAAUAGCAAAGACUAAUACAGAUGAAAAUGUAGAGAUAGCAAAGACUAAUACAUCUGAAAAUGUAGAAAUAGCAAAGACUAAUGCAGAUGAAAAUGUAGAAAUAGCAACAGGUCAAGGAGCAACUGUCUCAGUGGCAAUAGAACCACAAAAGCAAAUUGAAGCAAUACCAAUAGUAAAUGUCAAUUUAAACCCAGAUAACGAAGAAAUAUCGAAUGAUGAUCUUGUUCAAAAAACUCCCACAAAGAAUGAAACAGAAAUAAGUCCAAGAAGUGGGCGUAGUAGACAUCCAGAAAGUGAAACACACUCUCCUAGUAAACUCUCAACUCCACAACGUGGCCCUAAUUUAGUUGAAGUGACCGCGAAAAGUCCAGAAGCUCUUGAAAAAGCCGUUUCACUUUUGAAAUCAGAGUUUGUAGUUGUAAAUAAGAUUAACCCGUCAGCCGAGUCACCAACUCCCUCGUAUGUGUUAAAACCUAAUGAAUCUCCCGCUGGACGGUCGCAUAUCUCGCCUCCCUCCUCCGUCAACACCAGUCGGACAUCACAACUUUCUCCGCCUAUUUCCAUUAACACGAGUCGGACAGUGUCAAACGAAAUGUCGAAUAUUCCAGUAGCAAAAUGGUUAGAUAGUCAUUGGGCACAAUUAAAAGCGUUAUAUGUGGAGACACGGAAGGUUUACGUGCCAAAUGGAAAUCUUGGUUAUGGAAAUGAACGAAUAUAUGAUGAAGUGGUGAAGAAAUUUUAUGAUGCUGAUGUAGUUCAUAGACAUUUUGAUGAUAAAAAUAUCAGAAAGCGAGUCAUAUCCAUCGAAUCGGUUCAUCGCACCAACAUGGAGAAUAAAUUGAAUUCACACAGACGUGGAAGUACCGAUAGCGCUAGUUCCCGAGGAACCUUUAAACGCUAUAAUUUUGCAUAUCAAAGUAUGCGUGAUACUGAAUCGAUUAACAGUAAGCGAAAGUUUAGUAAUUCCGAGACAAAAUCAAACUCAGGUCAAGGAGAUCCUCCUAAACGUCGGAAAACUAACGAAAGCUCCGCUUCGAGCUUUGCUGAUACACAGCAUCCCGAUGUUGUGUCGAAUAAUAGUACUACUACUACCACAAAGACACCGAAUACCCCAUCAAUACAAACUCCUAGUCGCUUUUCCGGUUUAUUUGGAUGGCUUAGUUCACGUGCAGCCACUCCAGAACAAUCAGAAAUAAGAGAAAGUUCUAACAAUAAUGGAAUAGAUCUAACUGAUAAUAAUGAUUCCUCACAAAUUGGUACAAGUUCUUCACUAUUUGAGUCAGCAUCAUCAACGCAAAAUGAUUAUCAAGAAGCAGGAGGAGUAGAAGAGGAGAAUACAACUGUUAUAACUCCGAUGGAAAUUGAGAUUCUCGAAGAAGAUUCUAUUGAAACAACACCGUCUUCGUCGACACCACCACAAUCACAAAAACCGCUGCCUCCACCAUCAUCAGCGUCAUCUCAAAAGGAUACACCAGGAUUUCUUCGAAGUGGAAGCGCUGGCCUAGAAAAUAUUAGACGGGAUACAUGGUUCAGGCAAAUUGUUGCUGAAGUGUGCUACUUGAUUACAAAGUGGCAGUAUAUCGUCCCAUUAUUGCUGAAUUUGAGUGGAUCCGUUGUUUAUUAUUAUACAUUAGGGCAAGCUGAUCUUUCUCUCGCGGUUCCAAUCACCAACUCACUCACCUUUAUAUUUACGACGUUGGCGGCUGGGUUGUUGGGCGAAGAGGUCGGAUCAAAAGUAUCGUUUCUUGCACUAUUAUUUGCCUCGACCGCUCUCCUCCUCAACUCUGAUCAAAAUCCGAUAGUGGUUGAUGGUGCACCAAUUGCAAAUCCUAUAGCGUUUGAUGGAAAUACUCCGAUAUCAUCACCAUCAUCAGGAGCAAAUACUAGUGGUAGUAAUUCAACGCCACUAACAGUCGCAGAAGCAUCUGCACCUGGCACAAAAGACGUGAACUCAUCAUCAGGCGUAAACUCAUCAUCAGGCGUAAACUCAUCAUCAAGUCAAGCAGUACCAACCGGAACAAUCUCAACACCCGCAAUCGCGGGACUAUGUGUAGUUGGUGGUGUGAUACUUCUUGCUGGCAGUUUCUUUGCAAUCGUACGUCGAAAGAAGCAUCAAGAUCAAACAGACGCAAUAUUAGCGAAAUCCGCAACGGCAUUCGAAGUACAAAAUAGCAAUUACGAGAAAAUGAAGGAAGAGCCAAUGGGCACUUACGUAGUAAUCUCAACCUUCACACCCUCACUUCAAGAUGAAUUAAGUAUUGAGCCUGGAGAUAAAGUCAUCGUUUUGGAAGAAUAUGACGAUGGGUGGGUACGAGCUAUCAAUGAGACGCGCGGUGGCGCUAAAGGAUAUUUCCCGAGAACUUGUGUUAAUAUGGAAACUCCUGGGUUCAAACCGGGAUCCGGAAAACGUUCAAGUUCUAUAAAUGGCGGGUAUCAGAAUGUCAAUUUAAAUUAA